AUGGGCGGCAGCAACUUCCAGCCGGACACCGACAUCCCGGACCUCGCCGGCAAAGUCGUCCUCGUCACGGGCGGCAACGCCGGCCUCGGCCUCGAGACGGUCCGGCAGAUCGCGAAGCACAACCCGGCGCACAUCUAUCUCGCGGCCCGCUCCCGCGAGAAGGGGGAGGCCGCCAUCGAGGCCCUCAGGAAGGAGAACGGCGCGGCGGCGCCCAUCUCGCACCUCCCGCUGGACCUCGCGUCGUUCGAGAGCGUCAAGGCCGCCGCCAAGCAGUUCCUCGCGUCGUCGUCGCGCCUCGACCUCCUCGUCAACAACGCCGGCAUCAUGUCGACGCCCGAGGGCCUCACCGCCGACGGCUACGAGGUCCAGUUCGGCACCAACCACAUGGGCCACGCCCUCCUCACCCGCCUCCUCCUCCCGACGCUCUCGCGGACGGCCGCCGAGAACCCGGACGUGCGCGUCGUCUUCCUCUCCUCGGCGGCCGAGGGCUGGGCGCCGGCCGACACGUACCGCCUCGAGAAGCUCAAGACGACCAUGCCCGAGACGGCGAGCCGGUACCGCUACGGCAUCUCCAAGGUGGCCAACAUCCACUACGCGGCGGCGCUCGCCGAGCGGCACCCGGAGGUCAAGGUCGUCAGCGUGCACCCGGGCAUCGUGGCGACGAACCUCGCCGACGCGCUCAUCAGCAACUCCAACGCCGUGCUGGGCACGCUGCUGUGGGCGGCCACCAAGAUCGUAGCCGUGAGCCCGCAGAAGGGCGCGCUGAACCAGCUGUGGGCGUCGUUCCACCCGGACGUCAAGACGGGCGAGUUCUACCACCCCGUCGGCGUCGCGGGCAAGGGCACGCCGCUGAGCCAGAACGCCGAGCAGAGGGAGAAGCUGUGGCAGUGGACCGAGGACGAGAUCCGGAGCCACCUGUGA